ACAUUACAUUCGCACACUUUUUUAGAUCAAAACAUAAAAAUGUUGGUUGUUAUUGAAACAUUUGACUUGACUGAUGAGACGGAGGAGGUGGGGGAGGAACUGUCCAUGCAGACUGGCCCCCCGUGUGUGCUGAAACUCAACCUCCAUAAGUCCAAAACGGCUUCGGCGGAGCUACUCCUUGCUCUGGAGGAAGUGUCCGCCUACGCGGUUUUGGUCCAAGAACCGUGGAUAGCGUCGGGCAACACGGUUGCUGGGCUGAAGUCGCCUAACUACGAUCUGUACGUCCCGACAUUGCAAUGACGAUCUUACCGUGGUGGUGCUGGAGAGCCGUGAGGGAUGUUUGAUGCUGGCAUCCUGCUACAUGGUCCACGACAUGCCGGCUCCACCUGACGAGCUGCGGAGGCUGGUGGACAUGGUCUGCUCCUCCAAAAAACAUCUCAUAAUCGGAACGGACGCCAACGCCCACCAUAGCGUCUGGGGAAGUCCCGACAUUAACGACAGGGUAUGCCACCACAUACAGCGCCAACCUGAGCCGCCCCGCUGGCACCAACUCCUUCCGGUGUCGCGGGUGCGGUGGGAUCCACCCCCUACGUAAAUGUCAGUGCUUCCCCAGGCUGACAGCGGAAAAACGGUUGAGAGCAGUACUUAUUAACAAGUACUGCCCUAACUGUUUGGCCCACCAACAUUCCGGGCAAUCCUGCCCGGUGCAGGGUGUGUCACAAGGACCACCACACGCUCCUGCACUUUAAGGAGUCACGCAGCGCUCGCCCCAGUCGUCAGCGACGAGGAGACGACCGACCGGACUCGACUCGGUCCUCAACUCCAGCACGGUCACGUUCCCGCACGCCGUCUCACCAUCGACCGGCCUCACCUACGCGCAAAGGGGCUUUCCCGACGUCGCUCACAUCCUUGUUUCAGGACAAGACGGUGAGCAUCCUUCCGACGGCCAACAUCCUGAUCGACACCGGAUGUAAGACAUUCGAGAUGCGAGCACUGAUCAACCCGUGCACGGCGACUAGCCGUAUCAGCGCAUCAUUGGCAACGGCCUAUGGGCUAUCCGUCACCCGCGUUGGUACGGAGGGCAUCUGCACGGCGAUCAUCCGCUCGCUGACAUCCGAGUUCCGUCGAAAGGUGCUGCUGCAGAUGGAUUCCCAACUCUGCCGCAGCACCCCCCUCCGACCUGUCGAUGGCGAGAACUUGGAGCAGUUUCGUAGCAUUACGCUCGCCGACGAACGCUGGUUCCAGCCAUCGAUGGUGUCCCUGGUGCUCGGCACUGAUGUGUAUCCUCACAUCAUUUAACCUGGCAUCCUGCCGAGCACCAACGGUUUGCCAAUGGCCCAUAACCACGUUAGGUUAGA